ACUUCUUCUGCAAGUUUUUUUUCUCUUCUUUCUUCUAAUUUCCUUUCCCCCCAAAAUCACUUUCUCCAGAAAAUCCAUAGCGCGAGAAAAUGUUUCGUUUGUACUUUUCUUCUCUUCCUCCACCGCCACCUCAACCUCCCAACGCCAUUAUCGUUGCUGUCACGGUUGCUAUUUUUCUUUUUGCCGUAAAUCUCCGAUGAUAUAGAUAUACAUUUUGUGUACAUUCUUCAUUUUAGGGUUUAGGACCUUCUUCUACAUCUUGAUACUUCUACAUUCGUUCUUGCUCUUGUGAAGUGCGUUUCGAUUUUUUGACUUGUUGCGAGUGAGAAAUUUCCCGCGAAAAUGAAUAAGGAAAAUCGAAAUGCACCAUUCUUACCACCGUCUACUUCCGAUUCUUACGUCAAAGAUCCUUACAAAAGUUCAAGAAUAUCAUACACAGGAAGCUUUCUUCUCUCUUUAGCUAAAGCUAAAGCUGAUAGUUACAGAACGCUGAAAAUGUCAAAGGAGAUUAAGUUUGCAAUGUCUUGCAUGUAUGAAGGUUCACUUGAUCUCCUACCCUCACCUUAUAGUGAACUAGAUUCUGUUAGUCAGAAAGUUUCUGCUUCAAAGGUUCUGGAUAAUGUCCAUCUACUGCAUAAGAGUAAUCAACCAUAUCUGCCUCCAUGUCGCAACAAGGCACUAUCUUCUUCAAGUGGAGACAGCAAUGGCUCACUAAAGACUGACAUAUCUGGAUCUUCUGAGUGUACAAAUCAGGAAGUGCAAGCAGAACUAGAUAAACUUAGAAACAUUUCUCCUGCAAAAUUUCCAAAGAGUGAGGAGCUUUGGGAGACUUAUUUGUAUUUUGAACCUCCAUUCAUCCAUGAUGUCCAAAUUCAACAGGAUUCAGAAUUUAAAUCUGCCAAUACCAGCUUAGAGGACUGUUCAAGUUCUAUCUCUGGUUUUAGUUUUCCUGAUGAGGACAGUUUAAUUACAUAUGACGAACCUUUCUGGACCCUUGAAGUGAAAAUUCCGCCAAGAAAUGAUAGUUUCAUGUCCUCCCCUGAAAGCAAACUGAUUGAAGAUGAUUUGGAUAGUCCAGACUCAACUUUUGAAAUGAUCAAGAGUCUUGUAGAAUCUGUACUCGAUGGGGAUGAUGAUUAUGAUGACGAUUAUUAUAGUUUUGAUAAGGAUAGUUCCUCUAUGGAUGAUAUUAUGGCGGAUCUGGUCCAGCAUGGAGCUAGAGUUGCUAAACUAAACCUUUCUUACCAGCCGUUUCAUUCUGAUCAGUUGAAUCUAGGAAGGGGUCCAUUCUCUUUGCCUUUCCACUGUUGUCCAUGCGGCGACAUUUGUCACAGUGAUCAUGAGCUAAGAAGGUUUGGUCUUGGAGCUGAUGAAUCAAUGUUUCAACAGGGUAUAAUUCCAUCACUUGAGGUGCCUUCAUGGAAGGAGAAAACAAAUCUAAUGCAGAAUUGUUUUGAAUAUCAGCAUCCAGGCUAUGACUGUUCUGUAAAGGGAACUCCUGAUUCUCUUGGUGAUGGCAAUGGAGUAAUUGGCAACUUCGAAGACAGGAAACUGGGAGCAAGUCAGUUCAUGGGAGGUUUCUACUAGUUGCAGACUUUCCACAGUGAUUAGCAAUUGUUAAUAUGGAGAUAGGAAUAUUAGGAUGAAGAAUAGAAUGUGAUAAUCCUUUGCUAUUUUUCAAAUUUUCUUGUGAAGCAGCCAUGAAUGCUCUGAAGCUGCUGUAAAUAGAUCUCUCCUAGCUAGUAUAUUAAGAAAACAAAAAACAAAAAUAAGUUAGCUCCUAGUUUUUUUUUUAUCGAAGUUAGCUCCUAGUUAGUAACUAUAUUUCUGUUUUUUUUUUUGGAUAAU